AUGGUGAUGGAGUUUCCACAGGAGAUGACUGGAUACCAGCGCCUUCUCGCCCACCGGAUAUCGCAGCACUAUGGGUUGCAGACGAGCUCGGUCCCUGGGGUCAGGAGUCAAUCGCGUGUGGUCGCUCGCCGCUGUGCUCAGACAAGAAUUCCGAAGGUGAAGAUAACAGAACUAAAGAAUGUUCAUUGCCCUCCGGAGGCAACCAAGGCUGCUCCAGAGGUUACCAUCAAGCGCAGGCUUGGAGGGGCCGCCUGCAGGCCAUCUGCUCCUCAUGCUGGCGAUGGCAGUGGCCCCACAUCCAGCCAGGUCAGGACAGUGAAGGAGAGGGAGCAGGAGUACAAGGCUGCAAGGGACAGGAUAUUGGGGGAGUCGUCAGAGUCUGGGAGAGGGGGUGGCAGUGUUGCUGGCCAGAAGGAGAAUGUGGUUGACAAGGGUCAGAAGGCGGCAGACGAUCCAAAGAGCAAGGCGGUGUUCAGAAAUCGCGAGAAGGAGAUGCAGGACCCCGAUUAUCGGCGUAGACCCAGUCGGUUUCAACGCGGCUUUGAUCCAAAUGGUGCAAACUACUUUGACAGGCAAAAUGCACAGGGAAUGUACAAUGUCCGGUCCUACAACACAGAGUUCCCCGUGUUGUCAGGGGCGAGGUCAGCCCCAACCAACGUGGCCGCUGCGCCAUUCUAUCCGCCAUCCAUGACCCAGUGGCCCCACCACGGGGGGAGCGUCCCCUCUGCUCCAGCACGGACCAACUCACUGGGCAACCACGAACAGGGCGGCUUCCAGCAGAGCAUGUCUGGGCCCAUGACUCCGGGCCCACAACCCUACAGCAUGCCUGCCUUCACGAUGCCCCCCCACCACUACUCAAUGCCCAGGAUGCACUACGCAUACCCACCUGACAUGAUGGCAGGACCUUCUCCGCCUGGGGCGAUGUACCCACCACCCGCUGGUUCUCAGCACAUGCCUUUCAGGCCAGUGGGGAUGGGCCAGUAUAGGGGUAUGCCGGGCUAUAUGAUCCCCUCGAUGCCUGGACAAGAGGGCAUGGGCAUGGUGCCCUCCAUGCCUUACCCAAUGUAUGGUGCCUAUCCCAACCACCCCAUGGGGUACCCGGACUAUGGGGACAUGCAUGGGUACCACGGACAACACAUGGUUAAUGGCUUUGCCAUGGCUGGGCAUCACGACGCCAGCUCGGCAGCAGGAGGUGGCGAGCAUGCAGGCCGUGGGGCAGGAGGCGGUGGGGGAGGCUGCUCCUCUCCAAGGGCCGACGCUGGCAGUGUGGCGCCAAAGGUCGAGAACACCAGCAAGCCUCAAGCUGUGGAGAAUUGA